UCCUCGAGCAGUUGAACUGUUCUCAAGACAUUUAGAGCUUUCUUUAUGAACACUGCCUUGUGUGCAGAACCAAAUCAGCCGCACACAGAUCCAGAACUCACCUGUACUGUAUGAGCACAUGCUGCACGCAAGACCCAGUACUGUAAAUUAUUUUGAGAUGUAGGGGAGAAGGGUGCUGCAAGUUUUCUCUCAGUCAAGUUAUUGACUUCAAAUAAUUCAGUGAACUGCUAGGGGUAUAACCAUCUACAUAGAAGGUUAACAAACUAUCAUAAGUCAAGGUCUUGCGUCAUGCCCAUGAAAUGUGGAAAUACAUGUCUUUGCAAUCCACUCAUAAAAGCAAAUGUCUCAUUUUGGUGAAGGUAUUGUAAGUGUCCACACCUUCAACUGAUGCCUGUGACUUUUAGGACCAAAACAUUUGGGAAGAUGGGAGACCCUGCAUGUGUUCCACCCCUCCCCUUACAGCAGAGGGGUUACACUGUAGCUGCUAUAAGAGACAUCCCUGUCAGGAUGACUAGCACACUGGACCAACCUAUGGGGAAGUGUCAAAACAAACGGGAGACUUCUGCAGGCUGAACAUUGGAGUUACGGCGGCUUUUACGCACGGCUGUUGGCUGCACACAGCUGUUUUCUACUUGGAGAUAAGGGAUUGGCUUUCCCCCCCCUGUGAACCACAUAUGAUGGCUUCUUUCACAAUGCUGAGGCCGGUGUCGACGCAUCCCUUCUCUUACACCACUGACCUGACCUUGGUGUCGGACGACGAGGAGGGGAACCGCAGCGAGAGCGACGGCAGCACCGACCAGGGCUACGGCUGCUGCGGGACUCCGGGGGAGAGUUACCGACAGGAGUCCGGCGGCGUGGUGCGGCAGCGGAACGCCGCCAACGCUAGGGAGAGAUACCGAACCCAGAACGUCAACACGGCCUUCACGGCGCUUCGGACACUCAUCCCCACGGAACCGGUGGACAGAAAACUCUCCAAAAUCGAGACGCUGCGCCUGGCGUCCAGCUAUAUCGCUCACUUGGCCAACGUGCUUGUGGUCGGAGACGGGAGAGAGGACGGCCAGCCGUGCCUUAGUGCAGUCUACAAGGAGGUGAAGGGCAGUGGAGGAGGCAAACCGCCCCGGACUAUCUGCACAUUCUGCCUCAGCAACCAACGGAAAGGGGUAAAAUAUUUGGUGAAAGACAGACGAGACUGUGUGAAAAUGCAUGGAAGCAGUGUGAGACAAAUAAGUCGGCGAUGAAACUGUCCGACUUGAAGUAGGGUUGGAUCUACUCCUCAGAGCAGCCCUCCAUCGACCAUUCCUGGAGUCUAGAAGCAUCUCAGAACCACAACAGUCUUUGAGGACAACUCGGAUUUUUUGGGAGUUUGGCUCAUUACCACUUUACCCAAUAUGAGAAAAGAGGAUUGGCACCAAAACCAUUUGUGUGUCACCAGCAGAUCCAGUAACUCUUUCCAGUGAACGAACUAAUCUCAUAGGGCAAUAUUGUAAAAGUGAGAACAUCUGAGUGUAAAGCUGCGAUAUGCUCAGGGAUGUUCUUUUCAUUUUAAUGACAAACCUGUCAGACAUGUUAAGGGGUUUGGUAAAGUAGACAUACAGGGACAUUUUAUAUGAGGAAUGAUCUUUCGGGAGCAGAAUAUAUCUUGGCCUGAGUCUCUAAGCAUAAUGUGCUUACUUAAACAGAAGGCACAUCAGGCAGGUGUUUACAUUGUUUAUUUGGACUUUACCAAUAAUGAACGGUCAUACAAUAGGCUAUACAACGUUAUCCGCUCUGGAUUACUGAAAGGUUUAUAAAUCAUGAAGCAGUAUGAAUAAUGCUAAUCACACAUUAUUACUUAAAGGCACAAUCCAUAAUCCAAAUGCAAAUACAAUUUCAACCAGCUAUCACUUUCAUACAAACUUGAAGUUCUUCAAUUUGUGAAUCGAUAACAGAUGAUGAUUAAAUCUAUAUGCUAUCCAAGUUUUAUGAUGCUGGUAAAGGUUUAUUUACAAAAAUAAUGUAAUGUGUUUAGCCUACAAGCUGUAGGCUAAAAGUCACAAACAGACUUGUAGCCUACAGCUGAGCAGUUUCAGGAAUGAUGUGAGACAGACAGACCACGCGUGUGAAGUGUGCAACAGGUGGUAUCUGUGGGACACUAUUUUGUUUGCUUUUUGUUACAUGUUGUAAUCUACUUUGAAAUUAAAUUUAUUUUUACAUAGA